GGGAACGCGCAGAGAGUUGAGGGCGGCAGGACGAGGCUUUGUGGAGGUGUCAAUGGUGAAACGAAGAGCUGAAGUGCAGACCGGGUGUAUGUGUCUGCGCGUCGAGCAAUGCGCUGCGGACGCCUGCUGUGCUUCGUGCAGCGGGUUUGUUGAUGUGCGCGUCGCCUCGGAAUUAAGGAACCACCUGCAGCUAACGAGCCAACGAUAGCGGUGCAAACAUCUCCAACUGUUCUGCCUGGUCUUCUUUGUUCUCCUUCUCCUACUCCUUCUACACAUUCUACACUUUUUUGAUAACUCCUUGACGCAAUGUCCGUCCGACGUCGCAUCCUGGCAAUCGGCAAACCGCGCUUCGCCCUCUCAGAGAUGGCCUACCUCGAAGCCAACUACGACGUCGACUACGUCCUCCCCACCACCCGCGAAGCCACAAAAUCCGCAAUUGCGUCGGUAUGCAAGGCCUCACCCACUCCCUACGACGCAUGUUUUUGGCUAUUUGGCUGGACGCACUACCGGCCCUUCGACGAAGAUCUCCUGGCGCCUGUCAUGCCAUGCCCCAUGUUCGCCGGCGGCGGCGCGGGCUACGACGCCGUCGACGUCAAGUGGAUUACGAGCCACGGCGCGUUAUACACAAACACGCCGGGAACACCGACAAUAGGUACGGCGGACAUGCAUGUUUUCCUCGUGCUCGCAGCGUUGCGCGGAACGACACUGGCGGAAAAAACAGCACGCGAAGGACGCUGGCGGGACGGGCUGGGUCUGAUGGACGAUCCGCAGGGUAAAGUCUUGGGUAUCGUCGGCAUGGGCGACAUUGGACGCGAAGUUGCCCGCAAACUGAAAGUGUUUGACAUGGAUAUCGCGUACUAUAACCGGAGACAGCUCCCGGCCGAUGUGGAGGAGAAGCUUGGAGCAAAGUACUACAGCUCGCUGGAUGAGCUGCUCAAGAAGUGCGACGUGCUCUCAAUCAACUGCCCGCUGACGCCGGAAACAAAAAACAUGAUUUCUGACCGCGAGUUUGCGCUGAUGAAAGACGGCAGCUAUUUCGUCAACACCGCCCGAGGCGCGAUCGUCGACGAGGAGGCGCUCAUCCGUGCGCUCGAGAGCGGCAAGAUCAGUCGCGCGGGCCUCGACGUGUUUGCCACCGAGCCCAAUAUCAACGAGUACUUUAGAAAGAGCGACAGGGUCACGAUCCAGCCGCAUUAUGGGGGGUUUUCGGUGGGAACGGUCAAGUUUGGAGAAAAGCUCGUGCUGGGGAACAUCAGGAGCUUUCUGGAGAGCGGGAAGCCGCUGACGCCGGUGACUCUGUAGGCGGAUCUGAGGGUGGAUAAGAGGAUUGACUAUAGAUUGCUCGAGCAGCAAGAUAUCUUUUACACAACAACUGAUCAAAUCAUAUGGGCUGAUCAAACCAUCUCUAUUCACAAUCAAAUCCGGGGAAGGUUGCGAUUAGGUUCCCACUCCCCGUUAUCAUAAGUCCGUCUCUAACUCCGACAAUGAUCCGAAUAUGGCAUAUCUGCAACACACAAAGCCCUCGCUUAGUCAUCCGU